AUGGACAUGGGGAGAGAUCAGCUCUUCAGUUACUGGUCCACGAGCAUACCAAGCAUACCAGGACCUGCUCAGUAUGUCUUCGCUCACGUGCAGAGGGCCCGCAACCACAGUCUGUCCAUGCUGACUGCGGCACGAGGCGAAAUCGAUUUCGCGGAAUCUACGCUACUCUACCCUGCUGGAGUCGCUGCGCUGUCGAUCCUUGUAUUCCUGGUACAGUUGGCAUUGCAUGUUCGUACCCAAAAGGCGUACGCAAAGCUUGCUCAGUCCGAACCCUCGCCCAUAUCUGAGCCUCUCCAUGCUCCAGAAGAGAGUGAAAACGCGUCUGCAUCGGUAAAAUACGUCAAGGAACACGGGGGCGUCGUCCUCGUCGCGUUCAAUGGAUUGCGUGCCGCGUCAACCCUGGGGCUCCUGGGCAUGUCCAUCUACAGCGCGACCGAGUCCCUGGGCCACUCUGAAACCUGGGAGCCUCAGAGCUUCGAGAUCAUCUUCCACGUUGGCACUUUUGUUACCUACGUGUACGCAUCAGCGCUUGGCAUCACCUCGCUGCUUGCUGGUCCCGUCCUAAGUACGACGGCUGUUCGCCACCUGAACUGUAUUCUGUUCACUGCGUUGUCGGUCUACGCGUACCGCGAUCUCUGGCCCUUGGCGACGUUCACGUUACAGCCCAUGGAUCUCGCAGAGGGCCCUCUACUUUGGGCCAGGAUCUCACUCUUGACCAUUAGUAGUAUCUUUGUGCCCCUCAUGAUCCCUCGGCGCUACAUUUCUCUCGAUCCAGAGAAUCCAUGGGCGAACCAGCCCAAGGAGCAAACGGCUUCUAUCCUGUCACUCAUGCUGUUUAGCUACCUUGACCCGACGGUCAUGCUUGCGUCGCGCGUCAAACACCUGACCAUUGACAUGCUGCCUCCUCUGGCCGACUCUGACGACGCGCAAAAUCUCAUGAAGCGCAGUCUGAAUGAAAUCGACCCGUUCCGAGUGAAGACGAAGGGCAGACAUCUUAUGUGGGGUCUCCUGCGUGUCUUCCGAAUGGAGUGGAUCGUCAUGACCAUCGCGACCGUUUUUGGCACUAUCUUAGAGUUCAUCGGCCCGCUGACUAUUCGAUAUAUCCUGAUGCAAGCUAAACAAUCUGUACUCUCGUACGUCGAGACGGACGGCGCAGGCGCCACCGUCCGGCCCUGGUUCUGGAUCGUGAUGCUGCUUCUCGGACCGAUCCUCGAAUACAACUUCGGCUCUGUGUACAUAUACCUCUCCAACAGAGUGUUAACUCAAGUGGAGGCGAUCAUCACACAAGUCGUCUUUGAGCAUGCUCUGCGCAUGCGCAUGAAGGCAGACGUAUCGCAAGAUCCUGCUGAAAGUGAAGGUGACACGACCGUUGCCGGCACGCCCGAUACGGCUUCCGACGCUGAAUCGAGCGCUACCGCUCCAACAGCUCAGGAAAAUGGUAACGACAGCGAGGGCGACUCCGCAGCGGGCAAGGGAAAGCAGAAAUCCACGACACAGACGGUUCCCGUGGCUGCACAGAAUGCGGACGCCAACAGAGUUGUUGGGAGGGAGGAGAAGGCAAAGCCAGCAGACGAUGACAAGAAGGGCAAGAACGUCGUCGGGAAGAUCAAUAACCUCAUCUCGUCCGACCUCACCUCUCUCGCCUGGGGUAGGGAGUUCUUGACCCUCCUGGUCAAGCUUCCCGUCGAAAUCAUUUGUUGCGUAUGGUUCUUGUACGCCGUCUUGGGCUGGAGUGCGUUUGUGGGACUUGCUUCCAUCGUCCUCUUGUUCCCUGUCCCCGGUAUGAUUGCAACACGCAUUCGCAAGACCGAUGCACGUGUGCAGAGCGCGACAGAAACCAUGAACGUCAUCCGUAUGAUCAAAUUGUUUGGCUGGGAGCCCCGAGUUGGGAAGCAACUGGCUGAGAAACGUGAGGACGAACUGGAGCUCGUGAAGAAAAGCAAGUUGCUCGACCUCAUCAACAAUAACCUAAACCACGCCAUUCCUUUGGUCACCAUGAUCGUGACCUACGCGACAUACACCAUGAUCAUGAAGCGAGAUCUUACAGCGUCUGCUGUCUUCUCAUCUAUCACGGUGUUCGAUACUUUCAGCCAGCUGAUGCAUAUGGGCUUUGGUUUCGUGCCUAUGAUGAUUCGAGCUAAGGUGUCGCUGGACCGAGUGAAUGAGUUUUUGCAGAAGACCGAACUACUGGAUGAAUACUCUGAGCAACCUGAUGAUAUCCAGACUCAGAUCGCAGCGCAGCCGGAAGACGACGUCAUUGGUUUCCGCAAUGCUUCCUUCACCUGGGCAGAUCAAGUCAGCGGCUUAGCGGCUUCAACCCCUGGAAGCGGGCGAAGGAAUUUUACCUUGCGUAUCGACGACGACCUGGUGUUCAGGAAAGGCAGUAUCAAUCUCGUGAUUGGCCCGACUGGCUCGGGAAAGACCUCCUUGUUGAUGGCUUUGCUGGGCGAGAUGCACUACAUACCCGCCGGUCCUGAUUCAGUCCUGGGUCAGAAUGAAACCAUCAAGGACAAUAUUCUCUUCGGCGCCCCAUUGAACGAGGAACGUUAUCAACAGGUCAUUGAGCAAUGUGCGCUGAAACGCGAUCUCGAGUUGUUCGCUGCUGGUGACCAGACGGAGGUUGGAGAAAGGGGCAUCACACUGAGUGGCGGUCAGAAGGCGCGCAUAACACUCGCCCGUGCCAUAUACUCUAAGUCGCAGAUACUGCUGUUGGACGAUGUUCUCGCUGCGUUAGACGUUCACACGUCACGAUGGAUCGUCGAGAAAUGUUUCAAGGGUGAUCUUGUCCGUGGGCGAACGGUGCUACUCGUUACGCAUAAUGUCUCUAUGGCUAGUCCCAUCGCCGAUUUUGUUGUUGCCCUGGGCACAGAUGGUAGAGUGUCUAGUCAAGGCUCCAUUGCUAAUGCUCUUGCACACGACAAGAAACUCGCCGCUGAACUUGCUAAGGAGGAGCUGGAACUCGAGAAAGCGGAAGCCACCGUUGACGAGCAGACCCCGGAAAAGGCCCCGAAGGAGGAUGGCAAACUUGUUGUUGAAGAAGAAGUCGAAGUCGGGCAUGCCGGUUGGCAAGCAAUGAAACUCUUUAUGCAUGCAUUGGGAGGGAGCCAUCAACUCUUCUUUUGGCUGAGCUUCCUUGGAGGGUUAGUUUUUUACAUGACUUUCAGCAUCCUGCAAACUUGGUUCCUUGGAUAUUGGGCUCGACAGUACGAAGAAAUGCCUGCGUCCGAAAUCAAAGUCCCACACUUCCUCGGGGGAUACGGGUCGAUCAUGAUCAUAUCAGUCCUUUUCCACACGGCAGCCUACUAUGUAUACACAUUUGGGUCGCUGAGAGCAUCAAGAACCGUACACGAUGACCUGAUAUCUUCAAUUCUGGCGACGACAAUGAGAUGGCUUGACAAAACACCCACAUCUCGAAUUAUCGCUCGAUGUACCCAGGACAUCCAAGAAGUCGACGCUUCCGUGGCAAGAUGGUUCAGUACCAUCGUGGAGAUGUCGUUGGAGAUGCUCAUGAAGCUUGGUGUGGUGGUGGUGAUAUCCCCGAUCUUCGUCGUCCCUGGUGUUUUCAUUGCCGCCGUCGGUGCCUGGAUUGGCGAGUUCUACAUGAAGGCGCAACUCGCGAUCAAACGUGAAAGAAGCAAUGCGAAGGCUCCAGUUCUCGGCCACUUCGGAGCCGCUUUUGCAGGUCUCAUCUCUAUCCGUGCAUAUGGUGCGCAGGAGGCGUUCAAAAAAGAGUCGUAUGUGCGUAUCAAUCGAUAUACUCGGGCUUCAAGGACAUUCUGGAACCUCAAUCGCUGGGUGGGCAUCCGUAUUACUUCCCUCGGAUCGUUCUUCUCUGCGGCUUUAGCUGCCUACUUGGUAUACGGGAAGGCAAUCACCGCAUCCAACACUGGAUUCUCCCUGAACAUGGCAGUCGGGUUCAGCAGCAUGAUUUUAUGGUGGGUGAGGUUCUUCAAUGAAUUGGAAAUAUCAGGCAACAGCCUGGAGCGCAUCAAGCAAUACCUUGAGAUCGAGCACGAGCCCAAACCUACACCCGAAGUCGGCCGCACUGGUAGUGGCAAGAGCUCUUUGACUUUGGCACUGCUACGAUGCAUCAUCACCGAAGGCAAGGUGUAUUACGACGGGCUACCGACGGAUAACAUCAACUUGGACGCUCUCCGAUCGACUAUCACAAUCAUCCCGCAAGUGCCAGAGCUGUUGAGUGGGACGCUACGUCAGAAUCUGGAUCCCUUCCAGCAGUAUGAUGAUACCGUCUUGAACGACGCGCUAAGAUCUGCGGGCCUGUUCUCGUUACAAAGCGACCUCAUCGAGGGCCGCAUUACUCUCGACACUCCCAUCGCGAGUGGAGGAACUAAUCUGUCCGUUGGCCAACGCCAAAUCUUGGCUCUAGCGAGAGCCAUUGUGCGGCAGAGCAAGCUACUGAUCCUGGACGAAGCUACGUCCGCGAUUGAUUAUGCAACGGAUGCUGUGAUUCAGGCAUCGUUACGCGAAGGACUUGACAAGGGCGUGACUUUGCUCACUGUCGCUCAUCGUCUGCAGACCAUCAUGGAUGCCGACAAAAUCAUGGUGCUCGAUGCGGGCCGAAUCGCGGAGUUCGGGAAACCUAGCGAACUCCUGAAGAACGAACGUGGUAUGCUUCGCGCACUUGUUGAUGAGAGCGGCGACAAGGAGACGUUGUAUGCUAUGGCGAAUGGUGCAACUGGUUCUCCCUGA